UUCUGCCUCUCUCCACACAACCACUUUAAAAGCUCUUUAUUAUUCAUAAACAUCACAUAGCAAAAGGCGAAAGAGAUUUUCCAACCAAAAAGUGCAAUACUUUCUCAGUUUCUCUUUCUUUUACCACUGAUAUCUAAAAAUAUCAUUGCUAGUUAUCUUCUACUCUUAAAAAACAGCUGCAAACAUGCAAGAAAAGUCGAAAAUGCAGAGGAAAAGAUCGGUGGUUGCUCGUAGAACUUGGAAUGUUCUCCGCUUAGCAUUGUUAUGGGCGAGAAAAGGUGGCAUUUUCAAGAACAAGCACCUCGUAGAUCUCCGGUUGCUUCCUAAAUAUAUUAAAAGCCUCCGUCAUACCAAUGAUCACUACGGGGCACUGCAUUAUGGGGAGCGCGAGUUUUCCUUUGAUGACACUCCUAUCUUUCAUGUUAAGAUGCAUCGCCCUGCUUCCUUGCGUUUCAAGAUGCCAAACAUUCCAUGCAUCAAACCUCAAGUCGAUUUUGAUUUUGACUUUGACAAUUAUGAGAAAGACGAUGAAAUGUACCCUGAUAAUAAUAAUGAUGAUGCUCCUAGGAAGAGCUUUUUGAAUACCGAGGGUGAAUGCUGUCAAGAGGAAGAGUAUGUAAGCUGUGAGAUGUCCGAGGAGAUCAUUGUUGGUGCUGGCGAUGAAGCUAUUGAUACGAAGGCAGAGGAGUUCAUUGCUAAGUUCUAUGAGCAAAUAAAGCUACAAAGACAAAUAUCACAUUUACAAUACCAUGAGACGCUCGCUAAUUAAAGGUGCAAGUUGAUGGAAGAGAGCUGCAGUCCCCUUUCACUAAUGACAUUCUACGAAUUCACUCUUUCUUGUAUUCAAAUCCUGCGCUAGUAUUCUUUCUGUAUAGCAAGCCUUGCGGCAUUUUUGUAGAUAGAUGAGGUAUUCCACUCCAAAAUGCGAAAUAAAAGUAUCAAAGUUUUCUUUCCAGAA